UUUGCCUCUUUCUCUCAAAUUAUAUAACCAUAAACCAAUCAUUACAAUUUUUUUUGAAACAGUUCACAUCAAAAUGAAGAUCCAAAUCUUUCUUUUUCUUCUUCUUCUUCUUCUUCAUUCAAUUUGCUGUUUUGCUCAACUUCACCUCAAUUUUUAUCAAAACUCAUGUCCAAAUGUUGAGUCCAUUGUUAGAGCUGCAGUGAAACAGAAAUUUGAACAAACUUUUGUCACUGCCCCUGCCACUCUAAGGCUCUUCUUUCAUGAUUGUUUUGUUAGGGGUUGUGAUGCUUCUGUGUUGAUUCAAACAAAUAACCAUACUUCUGAGAAAGAUAAUGCAGAGAAUCUUUCACUCGCUGGAGACGGUUUCGACACCGUGAUCAAAGCUAAGGCUGCCGUUGAUAGCGUCCCAGGAUGUAAGAAUAAGGUUUCUUGUGCUGACAUUUUGGCUUUGGCUACUAGAGAUGUUGUAGCUUUGACGGGAGGACCGUCAUAUGCCGUGGAGUUAGGAAGACGAGACGGGCGAAUCUCGACAAGAAAGAGUGUUCGACAUCAUCUUCCUAAGCCUGAUUUUGGAUUAAAUCAACUCAAUGCUAUGUUUGCUAAACAUGGUCUAACUCAAACAGACAUGAUUGCUCUCUCAGGUGCACAUACAAUCGGAUUCUCACAUUGCAAGCACUUCUCCAAAAGGCUAUACAGUUUCCACAGCAAAAACAGAAUAGACCCGACGUUUAAUCCAACGUACGCCGACGAGCUCAAGAGGGAAUGCCCAAGAAAUGUCGACCAGAGAAUUGCGGUCGACAUGGACUUAAUGUCGUCGUUCACAUUCGACAACAUGUACUUUAAGAAUCUGCAGAUGGGAAAAGGAUUGUUCACGUCAGACCAAGUGCUGUUCACAGAUCCAAGAUCAAGAAAAACAGUCAACUUAUUUGCUUCCAACAAUACAGCUUUUGAGCAAGCUUUUGUAGUUGCAAUGACAAAGCUUGGGAGAGUUGGAGUCAAAACAAAAAACCAAGGAGAGAUCAGAAUCGAUUGUGCAUCAGUGAACUAAAAGAAAAUCACCUUUCUUGUAACGGUCAACAAUAAAUUUGUACAAUGUACGGAUAACCCAUUUGUGUAGGCAUUGAUGCAAAAUGAUCAAAUCCUAAAGAACGAAUGAAAAACUAAUCUUUUGCUGAUGUCACAGACCACUAGCGCAUUAUGGAUGUUCCUUUCAUUGUGUUAAGGCUAUCACUGUUUUGCGAUGAAGGUCGGCUUUCAUUUUGUUUUCAAAAUUGAGUCAUUCUGUAUUAACACCGUUGGUAUUAGGUCAUUCGUACAAAAUCUCCAUCAAUAGAUUGUAACAAAAAGAAUUUGUUCUGU